AUGCAUGUUGCUCAAUUUUUGAAUUUGAACGAUGGAACUCCAGCUGUCGAAGUUGGUUCUGUUCUGUCCGGUGGUUACAACCAUCCAUUGCUAAGAGCUUGGCAAAAUGAGAGACAAUUGACUAAAAAUAUGUUGAUUUUCCCAAUUUUCAUUUCUGAUAAUGACGACGAUGAAACUGCUAUUGAAUCCUUGCCUAAUAUCAAGAGAUUCGGUGUUAAUAAGAUCACUGCUUAUUUGGAGCCAUUGAUCGCUAAAGGAUUGAAGAGUGUAAUCAUCUUUGGUGUCCCAUUGAAGGAAGGUGUCAAGGAUGCUAUCGGUACUGCUGCUGAUGAUCCUAACGGUCCUGUCAUCAAGGCUAUCAAACUGUUGAGAAAGACAUUCCCUGAUUUAUACAUUAUCUGUGAUGUUUGCUUAUGUGAGUACACAUCCCAUGGUCAUUGUGGUGUGUUGGACGACGAUGGUGCUAUCAACAUCGAAGAAUCUGUUGCUAGAUUAGCCAUGGUCGCAUUGAACUACGCUAAAGCUGGUGCUCACUGUGUUGCUCCAUCCGACAUGAUUGAUGGUCGUAUCAGAAUGAUCAAGAAAGGUUUGUUGGCUAAUGGUUUGGCCAACAAGACCUUUGUUUUGUCUUAUAGUGCUAAGUUCAGUGGUAAUCUAUAUGGUCCAUUUAGAGAUGCCGCAUGUUCUUCUCCAUCCAGUGGUGAUCGUAAAUGCUACCAAUUGCCUACAGGCGGUAGAGGUUUGGCCAGAAGAGCGUUGAAGAGAGAUCUUGAUGAAGGUGCUGAUGGUAUUAUUGUCAAGCCAUCUACAUUCUAUUUGGAUAUCAUGAGAGACGCUAGUGAAAUAUGCCAAGACUUCCCAAUUUGCGCUUAUCACGUUUCUGGUGAGUUUGCGAUGUUGCAUGCAGCAGCAGAAAAGGGUGUGGUUGAUUUGAAGACCAUUGCAUUUGAAUCUCAUCAAGGGUUCCUAAGAGCUGGUGCCAGAUUAAUCAUCACAUACCUUGCACCAGAAUUUUUGGACUGGUUGGAACAAUAA